AUGUCUGGCCGUAUGCCGGAUAACGUGACGGAGAGCACUUGGCCAAUAAUUGCCCAGGACUUUUUGAAGGUUGGGCCCGGGAACGUGGUUAUCACGCUGGGUGCCAAAGGUGCCUUCUACGCCGACACAAAGGUCUCCGGGCACUGCGCUGGAUAUCCCGUCCCCGUCAUGAAUACGACUGGAGCAGGGUACUAA